GAGAGCAAAAGAAAAAAAAAAUGGCGGGAGAAGAUGCAGAGAAUCAGCCGUCGUCGCCAGCUUCACCUUCUUCCGCUGGGUUCAACACCGAUCAGUUACCUUUCAGUACGAGCCAGAACUCGGAGAAUUUCUCCGAUGAAGAAGCAGAGGUAGAUCCGCAAGUCAUAAGAGAUGAGCCAGAAGGAGAAGAUCUCUACAACGAUAACUUCCUCCAAGAUUAUAAGGAAAUAAAUGAGCAGGAUCAGUAUGAGUCUGCUGGAUUGAAUGAUUCCGACGACGACAACAGAGAUUUAGGUCAGAUCGCGCUUGACCGUCGCGCCGCGGAAGCUGAGCUCGAUGCUCGUGAGAGUCUCCUCGCUAAUCGCAAGCUUCCUCGUCUCCUUCACGAUAAUGGUACUAACCAAAUCCCAGCUUUUUACCUAUUAGAAACCCUAAUUUUGAAAACCUAA